AUGAAGUCUCUGAUCUACUCCUUGACCAUGGCCGUCACGACGGUCAUGGCCAACGUCCUCCCCGGAAACGGGACAAUCCCUCCCGACGCGGUCUACAAGAGCCCAAAAGCACCCAUAGACGACCGUAUCAAGGACCUUCUGUCCCGUAUGACGCUGGAGGAGAAAGUAGCACAGGUGAUGCAGGGUGACCUCUCCAAUUGGCUCAACACCACGGACGGGAGCUUCAAUCGCUCCGGUCUGGUGGAGAACAUGAGUUACAAGGCCGGGCAGUUUUACGUCGGGUAUCCGGUUCCUUGGGAGUGGAUUGCGCGCGAAACGGAGAGGGCACAGAGAUACCUUGUCGAUGAGACGAGGUUAGGCAUUCCGGCACUUGUUCAGAGUGAAGGUGCGCCAUACCGUCUUACCCCUUGCAGAAUACACAACUAACCGAUCUUGGAUAGGUAUCCACGGUUUCUUAAUUGGCAACGCAACAAUAUUCAAUUCACCAAUUGGGUAUGCAUGCGCUUUCGACCCGGAUGUGACUCCCCCCUUCCAAUCACGUAGUAUCGAAGCUAACGCACCACUCCCAGCUCGUCGAAAAGAUGGCCGAAGUGAUCGCUCAGGAGUCCCUAGCCCUGGGAGUAAACCACCUCUUUGCACCGGUAGUAGACCUCUCCCGCGAACUCCGCUUCGGCAGAGUCGAGGAGAUGUUCGGCGAGGACCCGUACCUUGCCGGAGAACUAGGAUACUCUUAUGUUAAAGGCUUGCAAAAGAACGGUGUUGCAGCCACUGUCAAGCAUUUUGCGGGAUUCGGGACUCCGGAACAGGGUUUGAAUACUGCGCCCGUCCAUGGUGGCGAGAGGGAGAUGAGGAGGACGUAUUUACCGGCUUUUAAGAGAUCGAUUAUCGAUGCGGAUGCUUGGAGCGUUAUGAGUGCUUACCAUUCGCAUGUCACCCCUCGUGCCAUGCUGUGUUGGGAGAGCACGAACUAACGAGUGCGAGUGGGCAGGUAUGAUGGUGUCCCUGCAGCGGCAGAUUAUCACCUGCUUACUGAAGUCCUCAGAGGAGAGUGGGGAUUCAAGUACCACGUUAUGACCGAUGUAAGCCCCCCCUCCACCCCAGUUGAUACCCUCCGCAAUCUAACCCUCCUUAGGCCGGUGGCUCCGACAAACUGUGCAACGACCAUGGCCUCUGCGAGCGUGGUGACAAGCGCGCAGUGACAAUGCUCGCACUAGUAGCUGGCAGUGACGUAGAAUUGGGUGGUGGGACCUUCAACUACCGCGCCAUUCCCAGCCUCCUCGAAGAUGGAUCCCUAGAAGAGAAAGUCCUCGACACAGCCGUCUCCCGUAUUCUUAGAUCCAAAUUCGCCAUGGGGCUCUUCGAGAAUCCGUUUUCCGCCGCGCCGCAGGAGAGGUGGGACAAAUUGAUUCACUCCGAGGAGGCGGUUAAGCUCGCGACACAGCUCGACCGGGAAAGUAUCGUGCUUUUGGAGAAUAAUGGGGUAUUACCAAUUGACAAGGAGAAGGCCAAGAGCAUUGCUGUUCUUGGGCCCAUGGCUCAUGGGUUUAUGAAUGUUCCUUUUUCCUGCCCUGGCUUGAAAGCGUGGGGUUGUUGUUCUAACGAGCUUUGGGUAUGACAGUACGGAGACUACGUCGUCUACUUAUCUCAGUACCGGGGUGUGACGCCCUACGACGGUAUCAAGAAUCUAUUCAAGGGAACACAUACAACAGUGACACACGCCCAGGGAUGCGAACGUUGGAGUAACGACAAGAGCGGCUUCCCGGAGGCUGUUGCGGCAGCAAAAGCAGCAGAAGUAGCAGUAGUAGUCGUGGGAACCUGGAGUCGUGACCAACGGGAACUUUGGCGCGGCUUCAACGCAACGUACCACCCCUCCUAGCCCCCCCCCCACCAACCCUAUCCAACUAAAAGGAAUAGAACAGGAGAACAUGUAGACCUCCACAACCUAAACCUCGUCGGCGCACAGGCAGACCUGGUCCGGGAAAUCCUCGCGGUGAACAACAACACGAUAGUUGUCUUCUCUAGCGGCAAGCCUGUAACCGAACCCUGGAUAAGCACCUCUGCCGCCGCGCUAGUGCAGCAAUUCUACCCCAGCGAGCAGGGUGGCAACGCCCUCGCGGACGUGCUCUUCGGAAUCUACAACCCAUCCGGCAAGCUCUCAGUCUCCUUCCCGCGGGACGUGGGCACCUCGCCCUCAUACUACGACAACCUCAAGGGCGGCAGGUUUAAUUCUCCGGGGCAAGUGUACGAGAAUGGAACGAUGGUGUUCGGGCACCACUACGUGCUCUCGUCACCACUACCAUUGUACCCCUUCGGCUACGGCAAGAGUUUCAGUACUUUCCAGUUCUCGAAUGUCACCCUUGAUAAGGCCAACGUUACCGCUUCAGACACUGUGACCGCAGAGCUGAAGAUUAGGAACAACUCUACCCGUGAUGGGGCGGAGGUCGUGCAGUUGUACGUCACCGAUAAAAUCGCUUCAGUCGUCACGCCGAACAAGGAGCUCAAGGGCUUCCGCAAGGUCUUCCUACGCGCCGGCGAGGAGAAGAGAGUGCGUAUUCCCAUCGACGUCUCCGGAUUGGGUGUCUGGAAUACGAGGAACAGGUACGUUGUCGAGAAGGGCGAGUUUGUCGUCGCAGUCGGGGACUCAGCGGAGGGAAUUAAAUCCCGGUCUUCGUUUUGGGUACUUUGA